AUGCCAAAAUAAAAAAAAAGUGCCAAAACAGAACAAAAACAAGAUUAAAAAGAAACUUAAAUAAAAUAUAUUAAGUCUUCUAAAAUAGAAGAAAUUGAGAAAAAAUGUUCUUAAUAUAAAACAAUCUAUGAAUAAAUAUAAGAUCUAGGUUUUCCUGUAAAUUCUGCCUCUGAUCAAGUCAUAAAUGAAAUUAAAGAGAAAAAUGAUUAAGUUUUAUUAGGUAAAUAUUUAGCUUCUCAUUUUUGGGGGAAAUAAUCAGAUCUACUUACCAAAGUUAAUGAAUAAUUAGUAAAACAUGGUUUUUAAGUUACAGAUGACCUUUAAUGUGAACAAAUAUUUACUAUUAAUAUCAAUUAAGACAAUAUAGGUAAUAAAUAUGAUUAUCUAAAAUUGUUCUAAAUUAAAGACACUGCUUGUCCAUCAUAACUUUUAUAAAUGGAUCACUAUAGUAGUGAAAUAAUAACUAAGUUUGUUGAAUCAAUUGAUAGUCCUGAAUUAUAAUAAUUAUAAACCAUAAGAAAGCAUAUUUAAGAUUUAUUAAAUAAAUUGGAUAAAAUUAGAAUAUUUUCAAAUAAAUUAUCCAAUAUCAAAUCUUAAAAUGCUGAAGAUAAACUAUUGAAAUAAUUUGAAAAUUUAGAAAAUGAUUAUUAUCUUGUUAAAAACACUUAAUUUAAUUUUGAGAAAUAAACUUCAUAAAAAAAGACUAAAACUUCCAAAAAAAAAGUAAAUCCUAAUGAAGGAGAUAAUAAAUAAGAAUUUUAAUCUAUUAUAUAACCAGAAAAUUAGGAAUAAAAAAAUUAAGAACAGAAUCAACCUGAAUUAAAUACAAAUUAAGAAAAAAAAUAAUAAGAAUUUAAUUAAGAAUAAAAACAACAAAAAUAAAGAUAAAAAAAGCAAAGGGAAUAAAAAGAUGAAAAUUAAAAUAAAGAAAAGUCUUCAGAAAAAGAAUAAAUUAAAAAAGAAAAAAAAGCCAAAAAGUAACAAGUUAAAAAAGAAAACAUCACUUAAAAUCAAGUACCUAAAGAGAACUAAAAUUAACGAAAGAAAUCAGUAGAUCCUUCUGAUAAUGCAAAUGAAAAUAAGCAAGAAUAAAAAAAAAGCAAUAAAAAACAAUAAAUCAUAGAAGACCCAAAAUAAAAAAAAUUAGACCAAUAUUUUUUAAAAAAAAAUUUGUGA